AUGUCCUCCAAUUCUCCGCAGCCACCCAACUGGGGUGAAUUCUAUGGCCAGCUAUACUCCCGCCGUGUUGAUCUUGUCGGCGAUUAUGCCGGAAGCGAGCCUUUCCUCGUCGAAGGCGACUCGCUUCUGCUUCACUGCUUCUCUGACGAGCUGCUUGACUUCGAAGAUGGCUUCCAGAUGCUGCAUGCCGUUUGGCUCGUCGAGGACUUCCUGCAAAAUCUCCAUCGGCGCAACUGCAACUUCCACCUGGCGUUCUUUGACGAUAGAGAGCACCUGUGCAUACCUUCCCAUGCGAACGAGACUCAAUCGGCCAAGUACCGCCUCGCUCGUGCCGUUGUCAUACGCCAUCUACAGGCCAACCUCACCCGUGGAUCUUCUCCCAUGAAGCUUCUUGUCUUCCCCUCGCUGACGAGCGAGUCAUUCAACACUGUGCUUACCACUGGUUCAUACAUGUUUGUCUUGAUGAACGAUGGUGCUGCCGAUGCUUGCCAGUGUAUCCCUCAUAUGGACGCAAACUUCGAUCUUCGCCUUGCAAUCUGCUCGCUUAUUACGCGCGGAUAUAGUGUCGCUUUGAUUAAUGGACUGGAAUGGAGAGAUACUAAAGCCAUUACUGCCGUCAUCGAGGGCAUGUCUAAGUCACAUAGAACCAAGCAUCCUGCUCUGAACCAAUCUCCUCCAGCCGGCGAGGAGAUCAACUUCGAUAAGCUCGUUUUUGGACAUGAGCUCUACACAGUCUUUGUCGAGCAUCACGAACUUGCGGAGCCGAAACUUUCGGAGCGUCUAUACCUUGUCAUCGCCACCGCGGCGAACCUGGUCUCUGAUGGAGAUUUGCCUUCAUCCGCUGUUGCGUCUUUCGUUAUGCAUACAGUCCUUCAGAGCCAGCUCUCACUCGAAUGCCGCUCCUUCGAGUCUACUCAAUCCUCCGAGGCAUCACAAAACUUUCUCUUGCAGUUCUCUAAGACUGCGUUGGCCAUUAUGAAGAGCCCACUGUGGCAGGCAUUUUUGAGCGAGGCACAGUUCGCGUGCGAUAUCAGCGACCUCGUUGAUGGAAGAUUGUUCAACAUGGUCCUCACCAGACAGCUUCCACUGCCGGAGCUGAAAGGAGACUUCGCAAGGAUCGUCAGUUCGUUGGUCACACUGGACAUCAUCGUUCCCGAGACUCAACACUCGCAUGUGGGAAAUGAUACAACAGACCCUGCGGGAAACUUCGCGACACUUCGCAAACUGCUGCCGUUUGCUGCCGAAGGGUUCGACAAGCACCUUCAACCCGUCAAGCUGGAUAUCGAUGAUAACGCGCUUCAGCGACCGAGCGACAAUACUUCAAAAGCAUUCCGCGAAUUGACACACUGGCACAAUGCGAAACGCCCGUUGAACCGUAAAGCCAUGAUAGCCGCAAAGGACCGUGCAGCUCUCUAUGCGCGCCGCCGGGACCAACGUUUCAUGGCUGAAAUGAUGGCUUACGCCGCAAGUCUGACCAACGCUGUUGGGAAAGCCCUGGAACCUGAGACUAUUGUCACCCAGGACGGACAGUCCACUGCAUCGCACACGGCUAAAGAUCAGCAACAGUCAAGUCAGACCACCAGGAUAGGUGGUGGCAAAAAUAAGCAGAAGCAAGCGAGAAUGGACAAGCUUGCUGCCGAACAAGAGAAGAAGGAAGCGGCUCAAAACCUGAAGGUGUUCAAUUCAUGGCAUGUUGUCUGCAAAGAUAUACAGCGGGAGCAGCAAACCACCAUGCGCUACAUCAAGGCUCUUCAGUUCCUCGGCUCUCUUCCAACUACGAAGCAGGCUGUUGUCGGCUCUGAGAUCGAGUUUUACGCACUGCACUGCCUGCUUGAGCUGUGGAAAGUGUCCACCUCGAUCAGUCCAAAGGCUCCCAAUCUGCCACUUGCAGCUAAAAUCUGGGACGCUACCCGUCGUCUAAGCACUGGAAGUAGCGUCACGAAGACCAUGGAAGAGAGGCUUCGACGCAUUGUGGAUUCGCUUGGGCUGCCUUUCAUCAUUAGCGCAGCACAGGCUCCGGACAGAAAGCUGCCGUUCGAAUUCGCACUGUCUGGACGGAACCCAAGCUGGAAGAUACCUCUUCCAUCGAAGGAAUUCCAACUUCUUCAUUGCGGGCCAUACUUUGAUCGCAAGAUGGAUUCAGCACAUGAUGACCGCGUCCCGUUCCUUCCUGAUGGAUGGCAACGCGAAGUGCUCGAUGCCAUUGACGCUGACAAGAGCCUUUUCGUGGUAGCUCCGACGAGUGCGGGUAAGACUUUCAUCUCCUUCUACGCUAUGAAGAAGAUACUCGAAGGGUCCAACGACGGUGUCAUUGUGUACGUGGCGCCCACAAAAGCGCUCGUCAACCAGAUUGCGGCAGAGAUCCAAGCUCGAUUUUCGAAGACGUACAAGCACGCUGGCAAGUCAGUGUGGGCAAUUCACACCCGCGACUACCGCGUCAACAAUCCAACUGGUUGUCAAGUCUUGGUAACGGUACCGCACAUUCUCCAAAUCAUGCUAUUGGCCCCGGUCAAUGCGAGCUCGUGGUCGUCUCGUGUGAAGCGGAUCAUCUUCGACGAAGUUCAUUGCAUCGGCCAGGCGGAUGAUGGUAUUGUCUGGGAACAGCUCCUGUUGCUGUCUCCCUGUCCAAUCAUCGCACUUUCCGCAACCGUUGGAAAUCCUGAAGCGUUCCGCAGUUGGCUUGCGUCGGCGCAGAAAGCUGCCGGCAACGAUCUUGCCAUGGUUCACCAUCCGCACCGCUACUCCGAUUUGCGGAAGUAUGUCUUCACCCCACACGAUGACCUAACUUUUGAAGGGCUGCCCAAAGCUCCAGCUAUCCCUCGUGUAGACUUGGACAAGGGAGCGGAACAUUUCCGGUUCGUGCAUCCGGUCGCGAGCUUACUGAACCGAUCUCGCGGGAUGCCUGAAGACUUCUCGCUUGAAGCUCGUGAUUGCUUCACACUAUGGAAGGCUAUGAAAGCUCAUGAGAGCGAGACACACAAGGUUCCAGAUGCGCUCGACCCCAAGCACGCGCUCCCAGACGUUAUUGCUCAAGCUGACAUCAUCAGCUGGUGCAAGUCACUCAAGCAACUGCUCGAGCAAUGGAUGACAGAACGCGAUGCUCCAUAUGAUGCUGUCAUCCAGGACCUUGGCAGGAGCUUGUAUGAACUGGAAGCUGAGAGUGACAUGGGUCUGGACAAUGCAGGCUUGUGCAAGACUGCUCUUUCACUUCUCUAUCGUCUGCAUGAACAAUCCGCUCUACCGGCCAUCCUGUUCAACUAUGACCGCGGCAACUGUGAGUCUAUCUGCCAAGCUGUAAUGGAGAAGCUGAAGGAGGCCGAGAAGAAGUGGAAAGAAACGUCUUCAAUCUGGGCCAAGAAGUUGACUGAUUGGGAGACGUGGAAGAAGAACCGCAAGGAAAUAUCCAAAAUGAAAGCUGGCAAGAAAUCUGGGAAGCUGCAGGAGGAAGGUAUGAGCAAGGCUGAUCUUGAGAGGGAGAAGUCCGCUAUUGCACUGGACACCUGGGAAAGCUUUGAUCCGGACGCGCCCGUCGAUGGGUUCCAUUUCAAAGACGGUGCCAAACUCCAACAGUCCGAGCUGGAUGAAUAUGCUAAGGAGCUCCGGUGGCGCGGCGUCCAAGACUGGUUGAUUGAAGCGCUUGGUCGCGGCAUAGCCGUCCACCAUUCAGGAAUGAACAGGAAGUACCGGCAUAUCGUCGAACUACUCUUCCGAAAGGGCUACUUGCGGGUCGUUGUAGCCACCGGAACUCUCGCUUUGGGUAUCAACAUGCCUUGCAAGACCGUUGUCUUCUGCGGUGACUCGGUAUUCCUCACCGCGCUCAACUUCCGUCAAGCAGCCGGUCGUGCUGGUCGCCGUGGAUUCGACGUCCUCGGCAACGUUGUCUUCCACGGCAUCCCCGUCUCGAAGGUCUGCCGUCUGCUUAGCUCUCGCCUGCCUGAGCUCACAGGACACUUCCCCAUCACGACAACCCUGGUACUCAGGCUGUGCACCCUCCUCUCCGAGUCCAAUAAUUCCGCUUUCGCGCUCCGCUCCAUAGACGCGCUCCUCUCCCAGCCGCGCCUCUACCUCGGCGGCGAAGAGAACCGCAUGACUGUGCUGCACCACCUCCGCUUCUCCCUCGAGUACCUCCGGCGCCAAUUCCUCCUCGACCAGCGCGGCACGCCGCUCAACUUCGCCGGCUGCGUCUCGCACCUGUACUACACCGAGAACGCCAGCUUCGCCUUCCACGCACUGCUAAAAGACGGCUACUUCCAGCGGCUCUGCGCCGGCAUCCGCCGCAAUCCCGAGAGCACCGAGCGCAUCCUCCGCACGCUCAUGCUGGUCCUGUCACACAUCUUCGGCCGCCGCUACUGCCGCCACGUCGACCGCGAGUUCGUCGAAGCCGUCGUCAAGACGUCGCCGUCGUCGGUCAUCCUCGCGCCGCUGCCCGCCGCCGCGGCGGCCAUCCUGCGCGCCCACAACGACGACACGCUCGACGUCUUCAAGACGUACGUCCGCACCUACGUCGCGCAGCACGUGCGCGCGCCCGACGACGUGCUGCCGCUGACGGGCGUCAGGUGCGGCGGCGACGGCAGCGCGGAUCGUGGUGCCAUUAACGCCGCGUGCACGCGGCCCAACGUCCGCUCCGCCUUCGUCGCGCUGUCUGGCCAUGCUGAUGACGCUGGCAUCACGUCUAUCGGCGAGCUUUGCCGCACCGUGCGCGCUGGCGUUUUUCUCGAAGAGGCUGUCAUUCCUUAUAUGCCGGUUUGCGAUUAUCCGCAGCCUCGGCCGGUUGCCAGUUGGCGCCCGCAGCAGGCGGCCUCCGGCGCAAGCGGGCAGGGCAAGGACUUGCCGUUGAAUGCUUACCUCCUUGACUUCUUUAAGCAUGGCGACGCGUCUGCCCUCGUCGCUGCCAAUGGCAUCCGUCGCGGUGACGUGUGGUUCGUGUUGAACGAUUUCUCCAUGGUGCUUGCAACGAUCGUGGCGAGUUUGGAGGGCUUCGUUGCGGGUAACGAUGAUGUGGCUGUAGAUGCCAUGGCGGGCGGUGGUGGUGAGGAGAUGGAAGAAGAGAAGUUGUGGGAGGGAGGCGCAGGUUGUGCGCCGGGCAAGAUGGAGAGGAAGGAGCCGAUGCCGAGAAGGAAUUCGAAGGCCGAUCGGACGGGUACCCUUGAAAGCUGGGAGGAAGAUGCCGAGGCUGAUGCUCAGGCUAAUGCUGAUGCUGCUGCUGAUGCUGAUGACGAAGAUAGUGAGAACUGGGGUGGUGGUGGUGGUGCUGCUGGUACCGCUGCUGGUGGUGAUGGCUCCGGCAAGGCUGGUGCGGACGAAGUGUUGAGCGCCCCGGCUUGGGAAGAUGAUGGCGAUGGCAGCCUGCUUGAUGUCUUGGCAGCUUUCAAGAAGCUUUCUGAAGAGUUUAACGGAAAGUUCAAGGCUAUGUGGGCUUAA